GUGCUGUAUUGUUUGAGCAUGCAAUCAGAGCUGCAGACUUCUCUCCGGAGUCUUUGUCUUGUCUUCCAGAAGCACCAUGGAAGAUCCCUACGGAGGAAUAUGAGACCAGAAAGGACCUUAGAAACACUUGCACCUUCACAAUCGAUCCUGCAUCUGCUACCGACCUCGAUGAUGCAUUAUCUAUCGAAAAGGUAUCCGAAAAAGUAUUCCAAAUCGGUGUCCACAUCGCUGAUGUUUCAAGGUUUGUACUUCCAGACACAGCAUUAGAUAGAGAAGCCCGAAUUCGAUCCACCAAUGUGUACACACCGCAGCACAAGCUGCCAAUGUUGCCUCCAGAGCUUUCUGAGGAAGCGUGUUCCUUUGUACCAGGUGAGGAUAUGCUUGCCUUCUCCAUCACUUGGGACAUUGAUGACACCGGAAACAUCACCGUGCGGUGGAUCGGCCGAUCUGUGAUCCAUUCAUGCUGCAAGCUAUCAUACGAUGAUGUGCAGGACAUCAUUGAUGGAGGAUUUGAGGUUGAUGUUUUAGGGAAAACGGUACCUAAAAUGCAUGGGCAGUUUGAUUUAAAGGAUGUUGUUGAUUCUCUUAGAAGCCUGCAUGGGAUCACCAAGAAGAUAAGGGAGAUCAGAUUAAGAAAUGGAGCAUUUUGGAUUGAGACUCCUAAGCUUGUCUUCUUGUUGGAUGAGAGUGGGAAUCCAAAUGACAGCUUCCUUGGUGUGAGGAAGGAGUCAAGUUGUCUUGUUGAGGAGUUGAUGCUGCUGGCAAAUGAAUCAGUUGCAGAGCUUCCCAGGCUGUGCCCUACUUCGCAGGCAUGCUGA